AUUACUGUUCUUAAUGUUAUUUUUCCCAUGCUGAAAAUAUUAGCUCUAUGGUUUUUUCGUCAUUUUAUGUUUUUGGAUGAUUGACUUUGAGUUUGUAGCGGUCAAUCGAGUUUUUUUUUUUAUCAUUUUGAACAACUCAGAGAGCGUAUUAGUCCUUGGGACAUAGUUUGAGAAGAGUUUUUGCUUUUAUCGUAUUUUUGUUUUUCAAAUAUAAUGAUUUUUUCUCACAUUUUGUGGGGAUUAUUUCAUUUUGCCUUUAGCGCCAAACUAUAUUGUCUAUAUUUCCGCCAGUAGGUGGCACCAAAGGCACCUUCUGCUGUUAAGUUCAGCGAUGGAUGAAAAAUGAUGGCAUUAAUCAUCCAUCUUAGAAGGCUCCAAAUCCCACAUAUUUCUUCACUUUUCGUCUCUCAACUCCUUAAUCCAACCCAUUUCGCCCUUCCAUCUUCAUCCGGAGCUCGUUCUUUGCCGCGUAAUCUCUAUAAGGCAUUUCAUCAAACACUUAUCAACACCUAUAACACCAGCCUGCGGAGCUUCCGUUUCUCCACGCUUACAAACUGUUGGAUUCAAAAUCGAUAUGAAACUUUCGACUUUAGUAAGUGCGUAAAACAAACCCAUGAAGAUGCGGAACUGGGCGUCGAAGAAUUGAUUGAAUUAACCCGGAAAGCUGCCAACUUGGAUUCGGGAGAUGAAGCCUUGGACUUUCUUGAUCAGGCUAGUGUGAGACCGAAUGUAGAUUUGAUAUUUUCAGCUGUUUUGGCUUUGAGAGAAGAAUGGAAGCUGGCUUAUUUGGUUUUCAAAUGGGGCGAAAAAUGGGAUUGCGUUGAUGAAAGAUGCCGGUGUGUGAUGAUAUGGAUGCUGGGGAAUCAUAGGAAGUUUGGUACUGCUUGGUCUUUGAUCCAUGACUUGCACAGAAGUUCAAAGGAUACCAAACAAGCUAUACUCACCAUCAUUGAUAGAUAUGUGGCUGCAAACUCUGUUGACAAAGCUAUGAGAACAUUCAAAGUUAUGGAGAAGGUUUGUUUCUCUCCUGAUCAGGAAGCAUUCUUCACCUUUUUAAAUAUUCUGUGUAAGCAUGGAAACAUUGAAGAGGCCGAAGAAUUCAUGUUUCUCAACAAAAAGUUCUUUCCACUGGAAACAGAGGGGUUUAACAUUAUUCUCAACGGAUGGUGUAAUGUAGCUGUUGAUAUUUUUGAAGCCAAGAGGAUAUGGAGAGAGAUGUCAAAGUGUUGUAUUUUGCCGAAUGGGACAUCUUAUAGACACUUGAUUGCAUGCUUCUCAAAAAUUGGGAAUCUAUUCGACUCACUGAGACUGUAUGAUGAAAUGAAGAAAAGGGGAUUGAUACCAGGCAUUGAGGUAUAUAAUUCUUUGGCUUAUGUUCUAGCUUCUCAAAAUUGCUUGAAGGAAUCUCUUGCCGUAAUUGAUAAAAUGAAAGAAGCCGGGUGGACUCCUGAUUCCACCACUUACAACAACAUCAUCAGGCCACUUUGUGAAGCAGGAAAAGUAGAGGAGGCAAGAUCCGUAGUGGCUAUCAUGACCAAGGAUAAUGUCAGUCCAACCAUUGAUACAUACCACACAUUGCUAACGGGUGUGAGUUUUGAAGAAACUCUUGAAGUUCUUCAGCAUAUGAGAAAAGCUGGUAUUGGUCCUGACAAGAGUACAUUUUUGCACAUUCUGGCCAAAUUUUUUGAACUCAAGCAACCUGAAAACGCUUUGGAGGUUUGGCUAAAAAUGCCACAGUAUGAGAUAGUACCUGAUGUAGCACAUUAUACUCUUUCGGUGGAAGGUUUGGUGAAGUGCGGACUGCUAGUCAGGGCUAGGGAAUUGUACGCCGAGAUGACAUCCAAAGGGUUUCCUAAUGACCCUAAGCUGGAGAAAAUGUUAAAAGAACCGGUCAGCGUUGCGGAUCUUGGAGACCAUACAAGUGAAGCAAAACACAAUGAAAAAGACAACUUAUCAAAAGAACCAGUUAGCAGUAGGGAUCUUGAAGGAGACCAUAUUGCAAAGCACAAUGAGAAAGAUGACUUAUCGUCUCAAGGAAAAAGCAAAAGGACUCUUCUUCGAAACAAAGGACAUAGGAAAUCAAGCAACAAUGUAAAACGUGGACAUUCAAAUCCAUUGUUUACUUUUACGAGCAAAAGAUAGUGGGUACAUCUCUACCGCUCUCCCCAAUGAUUAUCAUUUCUUUUUUUGGCAAAUCUCCUCAACAAUACGCUGGAGGGGGAAGAUCAAUUUUUGCGAGUUCAUCGAAUCUUCUUAAUCAUAAUAGAUGACUCUGCUGACUGAUGAACAUGAUAAAUUUCAAUUAUGGAAAUUUGGAGUGGAGGUCUUCCUAUGGACAGGAUAUUCUAUUCUGAAGUUUUGUUGAGUUCUUAGAACAGGUAAGCUCAACCAAUCACAUUUUAUUUGAGUUAGCUCUGCAUUCUCUGCAAAGAUAUGAAAACGAUGUUGUAAUCUGGGUUCAUCAGAAUAGGAUACAUAUGUUUGCAAGAGUGUUAUACAUAUACUGUAACCAUAAGCACAAAAGUAAUGUAGAGACAGAAGUAUAGUCCACUGGUUUUAGCUUUAAUGGCAUUUUCAAAUUGUGGAUGAGGAAAUGCUUCUGUAUAACUUUAGGUUAACAAACCGAACCAAGAAUGCCUAGAUUGAGGGAAGUGAGUCAGUGAAGUACGGACUAAGGACUGUAUUCAAAUUGAGGGACCGAAUCAAUUAACCUCUGCCUUAGAAUCAUCAUUGAAGCUCGAUGAAAUGGACGCAUGAUCUCAGGCAUGGCUCUUUCAGCCAAUUCACUCAUGUUAUAUCCCAAAAUCUUACUGAUCUCCAUAAAAAUAUAAAAUAGCAAGUGUGGUUUGAUGGAAACAGUACAAUUAAAAAGCUUUCGUCAAUGACAAUUCUUAUUGUAGGUUUAGGACAGAGACAAUGUAAUUAAAAGAACUUUACAUUAGUAAAGUUUUUUCUUAAAAAAAAUGGCACUUUUUUCUACCAAAUCAAAAAUGAAUUCUCGUAUUGAGUGUUGAAUGUGGAAGGUACUUCUAUUUCACCCAAAAAAAAUAAAAUAAAAAAUGUGGAAGGUACUGUCAACUUGACUGGAGCCUGUAUUCAUCCCACAAACUUCAAAUCUCCCGAAUUUGAUAGAAGCAUUUUAUUAGGAAAAAAGAUUAUAUACUAAGCUAAUGUAAUCAAGGAAACUUUGCCUUAUCUCUACGCCAUUGCCUUCUUGGAUCCUCCCUUAUCCUUGUAGAAUAAUUUUUCUUUUUCUCGCAACAAAAAUUAAUCAUUUUUAUGACUUUGGAAGUUUAAACGUUGUUCUAAAUCAUGCAACAAUUUUCUUGAUAUAAUUGCAGAUAUUAUUGAGAACCUCAAUAAAAUGCUUCUAUUACACAUCUGUCAGUAGCUUUACUUAUUACAGGUAUUAUUACUAGUCCCCAACUAAGCAGAAGCAGCUUUCUCCGAAGUGUCAUCCAAAAAUGUCCACCUCAUCUUCAACUACUCUCCGCCUUAUCCCCGACGCCAUCUUCCUCCUCUUCGUCCUAGUCACCGUCGCCGUCACCGCCGUCUCCGGCACUGACCACAUUGUGGGUGCCAACAAAGGCUGGAACCCAGGCAUAAACUACACUCUCUGGGCUAAUAACCAAACUUUCUACGUCGGAGAUCUCAUUUGUAAGUCUGAAUUCCUGUGUCAAUUUGUCAUUCUUUUUGUGGGUUCUCAACAAAUUUUCAUGUCAAUGCAAAAAAAAAUGUGUCUUUGCAGCAUUUAGGUACCAGAAGACGCAGUACAAUGUGUUUGAAGUGAACAAGACCGGUUAUGACAACUGUACGACGGCGGGCGCGUUGGGGAACUGGAGCAGCGGGAAAGACUUCAUCCCGCUUAACAAAGCUCAGAGGUAUUAUUUCAUUUGUGGGACCGGCGGGUGCUUCAACGGGAUGAAGGUCUCGGUGGUUGUCCACUCGCUUCCGUCGCCGCCGAGGUCCUCCGUCGCCCAUGCAUCCACCAAGUCCGCCGCGGCUGCAGUGGCGCGUGCUGGGUUUUUCCAAUCUUUGGUCCGGAUGAUGGGCCCAAUUGUGUGGAUUUGGAUUGCGAUUAGAUGAUAGUUUUGAUACCCUGUUGUUGUGGGCCUUUUUAGGUGUUUUUCUUUUGGGGCCACUUUUGAUGAUGGGCUUGGGCCUGAGUGCGAUUUCAUUUGCUUUAUCAGUUUUUAUUUUGAAUGUGUUUAUAUUUUUUCUUCUCUGAAUUCAGUUGGAUUCAAAUCAAUUGUUGCAUUACCAACACUUGUUUCGGGCUCGAGUAUCGUGAAUAGAAAGAGCAAUAUUAGGAGAGCGUUCCUUCCGAAAGGAUACCGACCCGGCUCGGAUGAAUUAGUUUGAGUGUAAUGCAUUUAGGACAUUGUGAGUAGUAUGCAAAAAGAAAAAAAAAUCAAUUGUUACAUUUUUCAUAAUUUGAUUAUCUUAUUAUUCUUAUUUAUUUAUUUAUUUUUUUGAAACUUUGAUUACCUUACUCAUUUGGUCUUUUGGUUGCAC